AUGGGCUUUCCAGAACUAUACCCAACAUCCGGAAGCAGAGUUGUGGGGCGUGAAGUCAUUCAGCCAGAGGGACGUGUUAUAAUGAUCAAGAUAUCCGUGAGCUUUAAUGUCGCUUUAUCGAAACAUUUGGUCGCACCUUCACCGCUAGGCAAGGCUUGCUGUGACCCAUUGGACACUCAGCGGGGAGGAUGCUUCUGGUUGAGGACCCCGACGGAUAGAUCACUGUUUGAGGUACUGUCUUGGUAA